CGCGGGCCUGAGCGGACGAGGGACGCGGCGGCGGUUGGCGGUGGCUGCUGAGAGUACCGCAAGGACUGUGAGAGGCGGCGGCGGAGGCACCCGCUGCCCCGGCAGAGACAGCGACAGCGGCUGAGGCGGCGGUCCGACGCGUGCUCUCUGGGCGGGGUGCGGCGGGGGAUGUGCCUGCCCGGGCCGGGCGGAGUCUCUCUGACAGGGCGGGGGAUGCGCGGCGGCCGCUCUCCCGGACCCUGAGGCUGCUGGGCCCACCCUCCUGGAACCGUCCGACCCUCGGUGGCCUCAGCCUAUGCUGUCUCCAGCGGCCUGACCCUGGAGCCGCGUGGGAGGUGGCUUCUGGCGAAGAGGAGGGGGCUGUGGUGGCCACCGCGGCGGAGCCCGAGUUCUUUUGCCACGAAAAUGGUUUGCACGGUCUCGAACACAUACUAUCCAUGCUGAUGGGACAGGGUCCAAUAUGAAUAUAAAUGAUGGAGGAAGACGACGCUUUGAGGAUAAUGAACAUACAUUACAUAUAUAUCCUGGGACAAUUUCAGAAGGGACUAUCUACUGUCCAAUUCCUGCCAGAAAAAACUCCACAGCUGCUGAGGUGAUUGACGCUCUUAUAAACAGACUUCAUCUUGACAAAACGAAAUGUUACGUUCUUGCAGAAGUAAAGGAAUUUGGUGGAGAAGAAUGGAUACUCAAUCCAACAGACUGUCCAGUUCAGCGAAUGAUGUUGUGGCCCCGGAUGGCUCUGGAAAAUCGCCUGAGUGGAGAGGACUAUCGCUUUCUUCUGAGAGAAAAAAACCUUGAUGGAUCAAUCCAUUAUGGUAGUCUGCAGUCAUGGCUACGGGUAACAGAAGAACGCCGAAGGAUGAUGGAACGGGGUUUUCUUCCACAGCCUCAACAGAAAGACUUUGAUGAUUUAUGUAGCUUACCUGAUUUGAAUGAGAAAACGCUUUUAGAAAACCUACGAAAUCGCUUUAAGCAUGAAAAAAUUUAUACCUAUGUUGGCAGUAUUCUAAUAGUUAUUAACCCAUUCAAGUUUCUUCCUAUUUAUAAUCCCAAAUAUGUCAAAAUGUAUGAUAACCACCAAUUGGGAAAACUGGAGCCCCACAUUUAUGCUGUGGCUGAUGUAGCUUAUCAUGCCAUGCUUCAGCGCAAAAAGAAUCAGUGCAUCGUGAUUUCAGGAGAGAGUGGUUCUGGGAAGACUCAAAGCACAAACUUUCUUAUUCACCACCUUACUGCUCUCAGUCAGAAGGGAUUUGCCAGUGGAGUGGAACAAAUUAUUCUUGGAGCUGGACCAGUACUUGAGGCCUUUGGAAAUGCAAAGACAGCUCAUAAUAACAAUUCAAGUCGUUUUGGCAAAUUUAUUCAAGUAAAUUACCAAGAAACUGGCACUGUACUUGGGGCCUAUGUUGAAAAAUAUCUACUGGAGAAGUCCAGACUCGUUUAUCAAGAGCAUAAUGAACGGAACUAUCAUGUAUUUUAUUACCUCCUGGCAGGAGCAAGUGAAGAAGAAAGAUUAGCAUUCCAUCUUAAACAACCAGAAGAAUAUCAUUAUCUCAAUCAGAUAACAAAGAAACCUCUCAGACAGAGCUGGGAUGAUUAUUGCUAUGACUCUGAGCCGGAUUGCUUCUCGGUGGAGGGGGAAGAUUUGAGGCAUGACUUUGAACGCUUACAACUGGCCAUGGAAAUGGUAGGAUUUCUUCCCAAGACACGAAGACAGAUUUUCUCUCUUCUCUCAGCGAUACUACAUUUGGGUAAUAUCUGUUAUAAAAAGAAGACAUAUCGGGAUGACUCCAUAGAUAUCUGUAAUCCUGAAGUUCUGCCUAUUGUCUCAGAAUUAUUAGAAGUUAAAGAAGAAAUGCUAUUUGAAGCGUUAGUUACAAGGAAGACUGUGACAGUGGGAGAAAAGCUUAUUUUGCCAUACAAGCUGGCAGAGGCUGUGACAGUGAGGAACUCCAUGGCUAAGUCUUUAUAUAGUGCCCUGUUUGACUGGAUAGUUUUUCGGAUUAAUCAUGCACUUCUGAAUAGUAAAGAUUUGGAGCAAAAUACAAAGACUUUGUCCAUUGGUGUUCUUGAUAUUUUUGGGUUUGAAGAUUAUGAAAAUAACAGCUUUGAACAGUUCUGUAUUAAUUUUGCUAAUGAACGUUUACAGCACUACUUCAAUCAGCAUAUUUUUAAAUUGGAGCAAGAGGAGUAUAGAACUGAAGGUAUCAGCUGGCACAAUAUAGAUUAUAUUGAUAAUACCUGUUGCAUAAAUCUUAUUAGCAAGAAACCAACAGGACUGCUCCAUCUUUUGGAUGAAGAAAGCAACUUUCCACAGGCUACAAAUCAAACAUUGCUAGAUAAAUUUAAGCAUCAACAUGAAGAGAAUUCUUACAUUGAAUUUCCAGCCGUGAUGGAGCCUGCUUUCAUCAUAAAGCAUUAUGCUGGGAAAGUAAAAUAUGGGGUAAAGGAUUUCCGGGAAAAAAAUACAGAUCACAUGCGCCCUGACAUUGUAGCUCUUCUAAGAAGUAGCAAGAAUGCAUUUAUCUCUGGGAUGAUUGGAAUUGAUCCCGUAGCUGUUUUCCGAUGGGCAGUUCUCAGAGCUUUUUUCAGAGCCAUGGUUGCUUUCAGGGAAGCUGGGAAAAGACACAUUCAGAGAAAAACUGGACAUGAUGAUACAGCGCCAUGUGCAAUUUUGAAAAGUAUGGAUAGUUUUAGCUUUCUCCAACACCCAGUCCACCAGAGGAGCUUAGAGAUUCUGCAGAGGUGCAAGGAAGAGAAGUACAGUAUAACCCGGAAAAAUCCCAGAACACCUCUUUCUGAUCUCCAGGGCAUGAAUACUCUAAAUGAAAAAAACCAACAAGAUACAUUUGAUAUUGCAUGGAAUGGCAGAACUGGGAUUCGUCAGAGCAGACUAUCAAGUAGCACCUCUUUGCUUGAUAAAGACGGGAUAUUUGCUAAUUCAGCUAGCAGCAAACUCUUGGAGAGAGCCCAUGGAAUUCUCAUGAGAAACAAAAAUUUCAAGUCCAAGCCUGGCCUUCCAAAGCUGCCGUUAAGAUUCAAUGAUGCCUUGGUACUUCGACAGCUUCGGUACACUGGGAUGCUGGAGACAGUUCGAAUUCGCCAAUCCGGAUACAGCUGCAAAUAUUCUUUCCAGGAUUUUGUGAGCCACUUCCACGUACUUCUUCCCCGAAAUAUUAUUCCAUCCAAAUUUAACAUUCAAGAUUUCUUCAGGAAAAUAAAUCUUAAUUCAGAUAAUUAUCAAGUUGGAAAAUCCAUGGUGUUCCUAAAGGAGCAGGAACGACAGCACCUACAAGAUCUGCUUCACCAAGAGGUGCUCCGCAGAAUCAUAUUGUUGCAGCGUUGGUUCAGGGUUCUUCUGUGUAGGCAGCAUUUCCUCCAUCUGAGACAGGCAUCCAUCAUUAUCCAGCGAUUCUGGAGGAAUUACCUAAAUCAGAAGCAAGUCAGAAAUGUAGCUGUGCAGAAGGAUGCUUUAGUUAUGGCUAGUGCGGCCACUCUUCUCCAGGCUUCCUGGCGUGCUCACUUGGAGAGGCAGCGGUAUUUGGAGCUCCGGACUGCAACCAUCAUCAUCCAGCAGAGAUGGAAGGAACAUUAUAGGCGGAGACAUAUGGCUGCUGUCUACAUUCAGGCAAGAUGGAAAGGCUACAGGGAAAGUAAGAGAUAUCAAGAACAAAGGAACAAAAUCAUCCUUUUGCAAUCAAUAUGUAGAGGAUUCAGAGCAAGACAAAGAUUUAAAGUUUUAAAAGAACAAAGACUGAAAGAAACAAAACUAGAACUUGGAUUGGCAAAUACUGAGCCAUCUGGAGCUCUGGAAAUUCAGGGUUCAGACCCUUCAGAGUGGGAGGAUUGUUCCUUUGACAACAGAGUAAAAGCUAUAGAGGAAUGUAAAUCUGUGAUAGAGAGUAAUCGAAUUAGCCAGGAAAUUUCAAUGGACCGCUUGAAAGAGUCCCCAGACAAGCGACAGGAGAGAGCCAGAAGCCAAAGUGGUGUAGACUUGCAGGAAGAAGUGAUUGUAAGAGAGAGACCUAAGUCCUUGGAGGAUCUCCACCAAAAAAAAGUAGGUCGGGCCAAAAGAGAAAGUCGGAGAAUGAGAGAACUAGAGCAAGCUAUAUUUAGUUUAGAAUUGUUGAAAGUUCGUUCUCUUGGUGGCGUGUCUCCUUCAGAGGAACGUAGAUGGUCUACAGAACUGAUGCCUGAAGGCCUUCAGUCUCUACAGGGUACACCUGACAGUGAAAGCUCUCAAGGAAGCUUAGAACUUCUGAGUUGUGAGGAAAGCCAGAAGAGCAAACUGGAGUCCAUAAUUUUAGAUGAAGGAGACUUGCAGUUUCAAUCACCUAAAAUAUCUAGCAGUCCAAAAUUUGAUUCACAGAACAAUGCCCUCAGUGCCUCAAGUGAGACUAACUAUACAUUGAUUGAAAAAGGGGCAUCCUCUGACUCAGUGUAUUUGAAGAAUGGGACUAUGAAGGAAAAACUGGUUUGCAGUUCUGAAUCUAUUACCUAUAAGCCACAGCUGAGAGACCCCUAUAUUUCAAAUAGUUUGCCUACAUUUUUUUAUAUUCCUCAACAAGACCCACUGAAAACAAGUUCCCAACUAGAUACAAGUAUCCAGAGAAACAAGCUAUUAGAAAGUGAAGAAACACUUUCAGCUCUCACUUUGGAUAUCAACAGGGAAGCCAGAAAGUACCACUUCCCAGGAGAAAAUCAAGUUGUUACAUCUUUGAAUACAGACUCUUCUAAUACUGUGCUGAAGAAGUUAGAAAAGCUAAACAUUGAGAAGGAAGAAAGGCAAAAGCAGUUGCAGCAACAGAAUGAAAAAGAGAUGAUGGAACAGAUACGUCAGCAAACAGAUAUUUUAGAGAAGGAGCGUAAAGCCUUCAAGACAAUUGAAAAGCCAAGAACUGGGGAGUCCUUCCUGGCACCAUCUUUCCAUCCAUCAGAGCAAAGAGUAGAGAGGCCAUCCUCUCUCCUCAUUCUGAAUACCCCAAAUAAGGAAGAACCGAAUGUAGUAGGGCCUCCAUCAGUAACUGUAAAAGAUGCAGCUCUUCUUCCAAAAGACAGUCCUUCUGCUCACCUACCCCAGAAGGACCGACCUGUCACCUUGUUCUUUGAAAGGAAAGGAGGCCCAUGCCAAUUUGCUACUACCAAGGAAUUAUCCAAGACAGACAGAAUGUGCACCCAACUGAAUGUAGCCUCUAAAGUUUCUAAUAAUCGUAUUUCAAAAAGAGAACACCAUAGACCAGCUCAGUCUUAUAGCCACAAAUCUGAUGACCCUUCCAGAGAUGGAACUACUAGGGUUAUUUUCUUUAUGCCAAAGGACAAUAUGAGUAUUUCCCUUGUCAACAAGGAAGCCUUAAACAGUGGAAAUCCUCAACUCCGUAAACAAGGUGAACCAACUUGGAAACCUGUGCAGUUAACUGGGCCGGGCCAAGGAGAGGUUGCCAGACCGGCCCAUAAAAAGAAAGCUCGAAUGGCGCGGACGCGCUCCGAUUUCUUGACUAGAGGUACUUUUGCUGAUGGGGAGGGGGAUACAGAGGAAGAUGAUUACGAUGACAUUAUUGAGCCCCUUCUCUCCCUUGACCAAGCUUCUCACUCUGAGCUAGGGCCUGCACCCAGCCUGGGUCAGGCCUCUCACAGUGACUCCGAAAUGACAUCACAGCGAUUUUCUUCAGUUGAUGAAGAAACAAAGCUUCAUAAGACUAUGUCUCAAGGAGAGAUUACAAAAUUGGCAGUGAGGCAGAAGGCUUCAGAUUCGGACAUAAGAGAAAGGAGAUUAAAUCAGAUGAGAGUGAAAAUAUUUCCCAGCUUUGGAUUUGGAUUCUGUUCUGAGUUAAGUGUUUUACAAAUGGAACUGGAAAAAAGACUUUCAGGAAAUAAUUCUGUUCCCUUGAAGACAUUAUAUGACGUUAUUUGUCAACUAUAUUUUUUCAUUCAGGUGGAAGAGCACAAUGGUCACAUCUUUAAGGCUACACAGUAUAGCAUCCCUACAUACUGUGAGUACUGUUCUUCUUUGAUAUGGAUAAUGGACCGAGCCUCUGUUUGCAAAUUAUGCAAAUAUGCUUGCCAUAAGAAAUGCUGUCUGAAAACCACAGCCAAGUGCUCUAAAAAGGACAAGAAACCAAGGUUCCGAAUAGAGGGCCACAUUCAAGACUUAGAAAAGUCAGCAAAACUUUUAGGAAUCUCAUAG